AUGAGUCAUAGAGUUCAACUUCUUUUAGGAGCAUACCAUAUGACAUUUCCUUUGAAAAGUGUUGACAAAACGAUUGAGAUGAAAUCUGUUCCAUACGUAUGUUAUGGCAAUUGUUUAUACAUUGAGUCUAAAAUAGCUAAUGUCACAGGCAUUUCAGGAGUUAAUAGUAAAGGUUCAGUAGAGUAUAAAUCCUUCUGUUAUGCAGUCAAUUCAAUGUUCAUUCCAAACGUUCCUGUCAUAGCAACUCAUUUAGGUAAAUGGGUUCGCAUUAGUCCUCAUAAUUUGAAAGACAUGCAAUUCAGACUUGUUGACUUUCAAGGAGAGCCUGUAGAACUGAAGGCACCAGUGCGAAUGACUGUUGAAGUUGACUUUUUAGAAAAUAUUAAAUGCAACAGCUUACAAGAGAACUCAGAGCUAAAAAUAUAA